AACAGUUGGCAAGUGGCAUAUGUAUGGGCUUUCAUAGUCAAAUUCAAUCAAUUAGAGAAGAUUCGUAAGCUUGAAUGUCUCGAAGACUUCGAACAAUGUCUCUCGGAACCCGUGGCCAAUAGACCAGACGAUGUAUUGGAAGGUGUCUUAGUUCGGUUCCUUCACAAUCUUAAACCGGGAAUGCGGAACCUCGACUGUACAAAUAUUCAACUUCACUUGUCGAUCUAUAUCCACGAGAUGCUUCUCAACUCCACAGAAUUCACAGUCUGGGAUCGUCCGUGGGCCCCUCACGAAGAAGCCAGAUCUGGAUGCUGUAACCCUUCUGAACAGAGAAAGGAAUUGGGCCGACUGAGGUAUGUGGGGGAACCGCUGGAAACGCGCACAUACAAAAAUCCGUUGAAGCAGGUCGAAAAGCGUGGGGGUGGUCUAUUUGAAUUGAAUUGGAGGGAAAGGGCAAAAUUGCUCAGGCAAAUGGUGGAUUGGCAAUUGGUUCAUGCCGAUAAUAUCCGAACGAUCAUCAAUCGGAAAUAUCGCAUCGGAGAAACCGGCCGCAAGAAGGCGGAGCCACACAUAGAAGAAGCUGAUAUCUUGAUUGAGCCAUUAGGUUUGGAUCGGAACAAGAAUCGGAUAUGGUCUUUGGAUUCCUCGGGGAGAUUAUACAAAUCCGGUAAUCCGUUCAAACGUCCCUGUCCUCUAUAUACCAUCACUUCCACCCGUACGGAAUUACAAGUCCAAUUAAACAAAUAUACAUCUUACGGUAAUCAGUCCAUCGACAGACCUCAAGGUUCUGGACCUAAAGCCAAGUUGACUCAGGCUGAAGCGGCCGCUCAUCGUAAACUUGUCAAAGGGGUGGAAGAGGAACGUAAAUUAGCGGAAAAGAUUGAUAUGUUAUUACCCGCUAUAGAGAAGGAAGAUGGGAGAGUACAGAGGGCUCGUAGAAAAAUUCAACAAGCGGCAGAAAUGGCAGAAAGAACAGAAUUGCGUUCUACUAGAACUCGUCGUCCGACUCGUAAGGUAGAUUACACCUAUGAUUCUGAUGAUAUUGAAGAUGAACCCCGUAAACGUGGUCGUAAAACCCAUGAAACUUAUUCUCCUGGUCCUGGUCCUUCUAUCCUCCGUUUAACCAUACCAGGUGAACGUAAAUCCACUCGGGUCAGUGCAAGGCGGAUGGAA